AUGCUCAUCGAACAGACUCAAGUGACUGUGCAAACCGCGACGGGUGACCUCGCCAUCGAAAUCGUCAAGCCCAAGGUCGCUGGCUACCCGAAUGCUCGCUUCCCAGGCGUCGUCGUUUGGAGCGAGAUCUACAAUGUGACGGGACCGGUCCUCCGCUUUGCCAACCAGAUCGCGGCGCAGGGCUUCAUCGUGGCCUGCCCAUACCCCUUCCACGAGCUGAGCGGCAAUGUUCCCAUCCCCUACGAUACCAAGGGAACCGACGAGGGCAACGCAUACAAGGUGAAGAAGCUGUUGUCGGCCACGGACGAGGACAUCAAGAAGACGAUCGACACUCUCGUCGCGCACCCGAACUGCACAGGUCAGAUUGGCGCAACCGGGAUGUGCUACGGAGGACACCUCGCCUUCCGCACCGCCUUCGACGCCCGUUGCAAAGCGGCCGUCUGCUACUUCGCUACCGACAUUCACAGCUCGUCCCUGUCGCCUAGCGGUGACGAUUCGCUCGACAAGGCGUCUCGAGGCGAGAUCAAGGGCGAGGUGGUCAUGAUCUUCGGGACACAGGACGGGCAUGUCCCCCUUGCGGGAAGGACCCUCAUCCGCGACAGGCUAACGAAAGCUGGCACGAAGCUGUCCUUCCUCGAGCUGCAAGCGAACCAUGCAUUCAUCCGCGACGAAAUGUCCAAGGGUCGCUUCGACGCCGCCAUCUCCAAGGUCUGCUUCGGAUUGCUCCUCGAGACGUUCACUCGGACGAUCGGCCGCGACUUGGGCGAGCCGGCCGGGGAGGAGAAGGGCGACGGCAAGCUGAUUUGUUGA